AUGAAGCGUAUGGGCAAGAAGCAGGAGUUGAGAAGAAACUUCCGAACUCUAUCAACGAUUGCUUUCACCAUCAUUCUCCAAGGAACUUGGGAGGUCCUUCUGACUGCUACCACCCAAGGAAUGACCAACGGUGGUCUCGCAGGCUUAGUGUGGUCCUAUAUCUGGACCUUCUUCGGUUUCAUCUUUGUUGUCCUCUCGCUGGCCGAGAUGGCUUCCAUGUGCCCAACUGCUGGCGGUCAAUACCACUGGAUCUCUGAAUUUGCUCCUCCUUCACAACAGAAGAUCCUGAGUUUCCUCGGAGGCUGGAUGUCUACUCUCUCUUGGCAAGCUGGUACAGCCUCUGGUCCGUACUUGGUCGGCACUCUCAUCCAGUCAUUGAUCUACGAGAACGACACAAGCUACGAAUUCAAGAACUGGCAAGGCACCCUGUUUGUCAUCGCCAUCGCUUUGGUAGUUUGGGCCACCAACAUCUGGGGAGCUAGAGCAAUGCCCGUCUUCCAGAACCUCAUGAUGAUUGUCCACGUCUUUGGCUUCUUGGUUAUCAUCGUCAUGAUUUGGGUCUUGGCUCCUAGAAAUACAGCAUCAGAUGUCUUCGGCACUUUCACCAACUCUGGUGGCUGGAGCUCUAUGGGUCUCUCCCUGAUGGUUGGCCAGGUCUCAGCAGUCUAUGCCUGUAUCUGUUCCGAUGCAGCUGCUCACGUCAAGGAUGCUGGAAGAAACGUUCCCAGAGCCAUGAUCUGGUCAUACUUCUUGAACGGUGCUCUCGGUCUUGUUUUCCUCAUCACCUACAUGUUCAGCGUUGUCGAUCUUUCCGGUGCUGUCGAUGAUGCCAGCAACGGCUCAGGCUACCCAUACAUGUAUGUCUUCACCAAGGCCUUCAGCAUGCCCGCUUUCAACACACUCUCGGCUAUCGUCGUUAUUCUGAUCUACGCCGGCACACUGUCCUACAACUUGUCGACUUCUCGUCAGACUUGGUCUUUCGCUCGUGACCAAGGUCUGCCCUUCAGCGACUGGAUUGCAAAGGUCGACCCUAAGCUCGAGGUGCCAAUCAACUCGGUCACCGCUACCACUGCAUUCACCAUCAUUCUCUCGCUCAUCAACAUUGGUUCCGACGCUGCCUUCAACGCCAUCGUCUCGCUCAACCUCACCUCUCUGAUGAUCACCUACAUGGUCAGUAUUGGCUGUGUCCUCUACCGCCGCCUGACAAACCCAGAGCUUCUGCCCAACUGCAGAUGGUCCCUCGGCCGCUGGGGAGUGCCUAUCAACACUUUUGCUGUGUUGUACUCCACUUUCGUGUUCUUCUGGAUGUUCUGGCCUCAGACAACCUCCAAUGCCGCUGCUGACUUCAACUGGUCGGUGCUCAUGUUCAUGGUUGUUUUAAUUGUUGCUGUGAUCGACUGGAUCUUCAGAGGAAGAAAGGUUUAUGCUGGUCCUGUUGUCCUGACCGAGGGCUACAAGGGCGAGUAA